AUGAUGCAAACUGUUAUCACAUGGAGGCGCCCACGUGAUGCUCAUCGAAAUCUUCACUAUGGAAACCCCUGUUUGUUUCUGAUUGGUAAUGCUCUUUGUUACAUCAUAUCCGGUCUGAUUCUUCUUGUGAUUGGCGUCAUUAUUACAUCACUGACAUUCCAGAACUUGGAACACCACGACAGCGAAACUAGUGAACGGUACGCUGGUCCAAUUCUCAUUGUCGUAGGAGUUCUUGUGCUAGCUAGAGGCGCUCUCAAUCAUAUCCGACCAGGUGAUUCCACCAACCCACAGCGGCUCGUCAUUCGAAGCUACACAGGAGAAAUUUCCACCAGGCCAAUAAUGGAGUAUAGCAGCAACUCCAUGACGAUGUGCAGCGUAGUCAGUAUAGGAGAGGGCCAUGAAUACCCCAGAUUGUCAAUUUACAAUGACGACCCACCUUCAUACGACGCAGUCGUCGAGACAACAGGCGACCCCGCGUGUAUCAGCGAAUCGACGACCACACGAGAGGAGUCGACGCAAUCCCCAGACGAACAGCAAGAGUUACCUCCCUCUUAUGAAGAGUGUUUUCAGGCUGCUGCUGCUGCUUCAACACCCGUCGAGGUUACUACUACGCCACAGGAAACGGAAGUAGUUAGUUACAAAGACACGUGA